AUAGUUCGUGAAAAAUUAAAAAAUAAUACAUUGUAGGAAUAUAAAUAUUAAUAAUAAUAUAUGUUUAUCAUUUAUAUCUUAUAUGUAAUAAUGAUUUAAAAAAUUUAUAUUAUAAUUUGUGAAGUUAUUAGUGCUCGGUGACGUUAAGUUGCAUAAACGAUGCAAAAUGAAUCUCAUUUUAAAAUAUAUUAAAAGAAAAGUGUUAUUGUAUUGGAUCUUAAGAGUUUGUGUGUUAAGUAUUUUUUUAGUCAUUGGUAUUGUUGCAUAUUUUAUUUUGUUUCCAUCAAUAAUUUACAUAAAUUCAGUUGAUAUUCCAAAAUUUUUAGUCAAGACUAGUGCUGGUGAAUAUGAACUUCUAAAUAGAAGUACAUGUCCAAUAGUUGAAAUUAACGAAGAAACAAGUCUAAUAAACAUUCAAAAAACUGUUAGCAGUAAACAACUAGAUUUUAUUAAGCAAUUUGUAUCUUCAGGUGGAGAAUGGAUGCCAAAACAUUGUAUACCACAACAUCAUACUGCAAUCAUAGUAUGCUAUCGCAAUCGAACAGAACAACUUCAAACCUUUUUAUAUCAUAUGCAUUCAUUUUUACAAAAGCAAAAUAUACAUUAUCAAAUAUUUGUUAUAGAACAGACAUUUAGUGCUGAAUUUAACCGUGGAAAAUUAUUUAAUGUUGGUUAUCGAGAGGUUACAAUGCGUUCUCUAGCUGGAUGUUUUAUUUUUCAUGAUGUUGAUUUAAUGCCAGAAAAUAUAAAUAAUAUUUAUGGUUGUACAGGCUGUCCAAGACACAUGAGUGCUAAUAUAAAUGUUUUUAAUUAUAAAUUGCCAUACUAUAAUAUAUUUGGUGGUGCUAUUGCAAUGACACGUAGACAAUUUCAUGACAUUAAUGGAUUUUCAAAUGUAUUUUAUGGAUGGGGCGGCGAAGAUGAUGAUUUAUUUAAUAGAGUUUACCAUAGAGGUUAUAGAGUUUGUCGUUAUCAAUCAUUUAUAUCAAGGUAUACUAUGUUAACACAUGAAAAAGAAAUACCAAAUGAAAAUAGGAUGAAAUAUUUGAGAAAUGGUCCAAAACGAUUUUAUACAGAUGGUGUUGAUUCAGUUACUUACAAUUUGAUCAAAUAUGAACAAUUACCAUUAUAUACAAGAAUAUUAGUCAAUGUUUAAAAUAAAUAUAGAUAUUAUUAAAUUGAAGAAGAAACCAACAUGAAACCAUAAUGAUAAUGUAACAAUCCUUGUCUUGGUUGGUAUAAAUCUACAUUUAAUAUAGUCAAUAGUUAUAAUAAUAGACAAUGGAAAUAUUUACAUGUCAGAAGAUUAUCAGUUAAUUUAAUAUUUAAGUAUUAAAUAUAAAUGAUAAAUGAAGUAUAUAAUUGGUUAUUAUAAACUUUAAAAAUAAACUACUUAUUUUACAACUAAAAAAAGAUUAUAAACUGUUAAUGUUAACAACCAUAGUAAUUGAUUACAUAGUCUGCACUUAAGUUAUGUAUCUUACUAUGUCCAGCCUAGAUAAAUCAAGGUGUUUAAUUAACAAAUUAUAAAUUAAGUUAUUUUCUAUACUUUGAAAUGUAUGUUUGCAUUAUAAAAAUUGAAUGAUAUGAAAUAAGUCUGAUCUUAGA